UGCGCCAUUUUCAUUCAAUGCCUGCUUUAGGAUUAGUGCGUAUCUAGCUUUGUGGCGUCCCUUUUGGGGAAAGUGAAUUAUCCAUACAUUAGUCGACUGUAGAUGAUUCUGAAAUAAGAAUAAUAUCAUCCAAUCAUCCUUUUAAGCGCAGUAAAUCGGUGAGACAAGGGCAAACACGCAAGUAUUUAAUCCAGUACAAUGGCUGACGACCAGCAGCAAGAGCAAACCCCGACACCACCGGCAUCAGAACAGUCGGCUACAACCAACGAAAUGGUGCAAAUCGUUCGCGAAUUGUUGUACAAAGACAAAAACACCGCUCUGGUGAAGGCGGUAGAGUUGUUGGUGUUGAAUAUCCAACAACGGCAAGUUAUCUUUAUGCUGAAGCAAACACUGCAAGAAGCGGUCGUUCAGACGGACCAAAUGCUAAAAGAUUUGCAUGAUCAACCGGUAAUGGAAUCGUUACUGAGCAAUAUUGAAACCCAGAAUCAAUCCACCCGGAAGCAGCUCGGAGAUAAAGUGGACUCCAUUCGUAUGCACAUGAAAUCGAACGAAGUGCUGCGCAAACAGCUGAAGAAAGAGCUCAUGGGUUUCCGGUCGGGCAUCGAUGAUAUCAAGAGACACAUGCACGAGAAAGAAGAAAUAGGAAAAUUUCUGUGCCAAUCAUUCUCUGAUACUAAGGCGCGAGCAGACGAAUUGCACAAAAAGUUGUGUGCUGUAUCAGAUGAACGAGCUAAACUUCGCGAAGAGAAUCACGAAAGAAUGGAGCAAAUCAGAAAGCUAAAACAUAGUUGCGAGGAGAAUGUUAGAAAGAUAAAGAUUGAUCUGGCAGAAGGUGAAAAAGAACUGGAACAUCUUCUGGCAGAGUUAGAAGCUGUAAAGCAACAAGCCGCAGAAAAGAUGCAUGGGUGCCGUCAGAUGGUGUCGGACAAAACUGCAAUGCAGCAACGUAAUGCCAAGCUGGCGCAACAGAUGCAAAAUGAAAUGAAUCAAUUGGAACAGAACUUUCAAGGGAAAAAGAUUCAGCUUGAUCGUGUGUUCGUUGAAAAGUCUGACGAAUACAAACAGAAAAUUGAAGAGCUGGAUCAGCUGAUCGGUGAAUUAAUGAACAAGAACGCAGAACAAGAGAAGGAAGCAGUACAAUCCGAGGCCGAAGUGUCAAAGAUCGCGGAUGAGUUAGAGGAUGUUAACAGCGAAAACUUAAAGCUGGAAAACGAACUCGCCAAUCUGAAAGCUUCGGUCCAUGUAAACAACGGCUCAUUGCAGAAUAAUCCGACUCAGCAGUUCGGUGGAAGAGCGCGGGUGCAUACUCUUCCCAAACCAGCUGCCGCGCACGUAGCGUCCAGCACUGACAAUGAAUUUGAUGUGUCUUACCACUUGGACAAUGAGCAAAGUUUCAUUCUCUAGCAUCGAAUCCAAAAUUUGUAAGUAAAUUGUAAGCUUUGUGAUAAGCACCUAACCAUAGCGUACGCAUUGUGAGGUGUAUAUGUUGCGUGUGUAUUUCACGAAUACGCUUACAAUUUCACGCUUACAAAGAAUUCGUUAUAAUUUUCCUUUCUUUCUGUACUAUCCAAUAUUAAUCCCAACGCACUAAACGUAAUAAAACGAGAAUAGCUCUUCGUUAGAAAGUAAAAA